GAGAGAGAGAGAGCAAGCAAGAAAGAGAGAGAGAGAUUCUCUGUAAGUGAUCUGUUUCCAGUAAUAUUGUUGUAGUUUGGAGUGUUGAGUCGUGUUUGACAGUAGAUGCAGAAUGUCAGUGAACACACAGACGGUUUCUGGACUAAACUGAUGAAUCAAUAUGAAGGAGUUCCACUCAAACGGGUUAACCGGUGCCCAUUGGCACAACGGACCGGUGCAAGCAACCACUCUAGUUCUCUAACUUUACAUGUCCUACAACAUCCAGCAGAUAUCUACGAUCUCCCUCCUAAACGACGAGCCGGAGAUAACGUCUCACGGGUAAGAUUAACUGUUAGCAAAGAGAAGUCUUUCUCUCCUGGUGAAGCAUGGAGGCCUCCGGCACGGCGGCAUUCAACGUGUCUUUCAACGCGGUUCUCCAGUUACACUAUAACUACACGGGCAAACUGGAUCAGAACCGGUACUUAUAUGGACUCAAACCGGAAGACAUAUGCUUUCUCUUCGUCUGUCUCCUUAUUGUCGUGGAGAACUGCAUCGUUCUCAUGGCCAUCUGGAGGAACAAGAAGUUUCACAUGCCCAUGUACUAUCUGUUGGGGAACCUGACGCUGUCGGACCUGCUGGCCGGAUUCACCUACAUGUUGAACAUCGUGCUGUCGGGCCGCAACACGUUAACGCUGACGCCGCUGCUCUGGUUUCUGAGGGAAGGAGGCGCGUUCGUCACAUUGACGGCGUCCGUCAUCAGCCUGCUGGCCAUCGCCAUCGAGCGCUACGUCACCAUGCUCAACAUGAAGACUCACCAGCGCGCCAAGCGUAACCGCAUGUUGGGUCUAAUUGGGGCGAGCUGGGCGUUGUCGCUGUUGCUGGGCGUACUGCCGGUUAUGGGCUGGAACUGUUUAAAUCACCUGAGCUGGUGCUCGACCGUACUGCCGCUCUACGCCAAAAGCUACGUCUUCUUCUGCGUGUUUGUUUUCAUGGCGGUUCUCUUAGCCAUCAUCGCCCUAUACGGACGGAUCUUUCUCUUCGUGAAGUCCAACACGCAAAAUCCGGCCUGCAAACAGCGCAAAGGCUUCUCGCGCCGUUCGCAGAAGUACAUGGUGUUGCUGAAGACGGUCACUAUUGUGCUCGGUGUGUUCAUUUUGUGCUGGCUGCCCCUGUUUGUGCUCUUCUUGUUGGACUUUAUGUGUCCUGUAAGGGAGUGUCCUGUUCUCUUCAAGGCCGACUACUUCCUGGGUGUUGCCAUGAUGAAUUCCCUCAUAAACCCCAUCAUUUAUACAAUGACCAGCAGAGACAUACGGAGAGCCAUAGUCAAGCUGCUCUUCAAACCCUGCCUGAUAACCAAAGAUGGGCAGCUGAGGAAGAUCGCCAAAGUCCUCCCGCAAUGUAGCUUCACCAAGACGGACGUGAACCCUCGCGGGAUGGAAACCACGGUUUCUUCGGGCAAUUUCACCACCAUCAGAUCCGUCUACCCAAAGCUCAAGUUAUCAGUCGUGUCUUGAUCGUAUGGUUUGAUAUUCAGACGCUGGCCAAACCAACAAAUCAUGACAAAUCCAGUUGAAAAAGAAAAGCUCAAACCGCUGUGUUCACAAACUGUCAAGAAGCCUAAAGAUGAAAGUCGAUAUCACAUUGGUUUUUAACAAUAAUUGCACAUCAGAUCACCUAAACAUCUGUGAUAUCAAGACUGGGCCUUUGUGACAUUUGUUUAGUUUAAGAUGGUCUUCUGUACAUACUAAUGUGCGUGUGUGUGUGUGUGUGGGG